AGCAACAUGAGCAACACAGAGCAUUGUGUACCAAAGGUUUUCAGCUGGAGGCUGUUUUCAGAGUCCUGAUUUAAAAAACUCCAGCUGUCAUACCAAGAUAUGUCAAUAGCACAGGAUCCAGACUCCCCGGGGACAACGGGAGAAAAGAGCCGCAGUCAAACUAAUCUGGUGCCAUUCACCACUGAAUUUACUAAGAUGGUGACGACAAGCAGUCCGCGCUUUGGUGCCUUGAGUCAUCACUCAUUCUUCUCCCGACACAACCCUCAUCCACACAGGGUGCGGCAUAUUCAAGGACUCAAUGGGAGGCCCGUUUGCAUGGUGAGAGAUGACUGGUUUGUCACCUCAUCAUUAUUUCCUCAUCCACUUCUCAAGAGCCACGUUCUCAGGAAAGCAACAUAUCCUUCUUUUGCUUUUCCACUUGCUCAGAAUCUUUAUGGAGCCAGUAGCAACAAAAAUAAAUCAGCACUAUUUUCGGAAGCCUGGAGAGAUGAACUCAAAGAACUUGUUACAAAAGUCAGUGUGUCGUCUCAAGAACAAAAGGACAAAAAAGAGGACAACCCUGAGGAAGAAUUUGUCCGCCGAAAGACCCAAUAUUCAGCUGAAACUGGGAGGAUUAUCCCUCCAGCCACUAAGUCUUACCAACGCAGAUCCCAUUCCCAGCGCCAGGCGUAUCCCCAGCCCUUCCAUGAUCAAGAACUUAUGGUGUUGGAGCUACUUUGUCAGAUCUUACAGACAGAUUCCCUGUCCACCGUCCAGCAGUGGCUUCUGCUUGCAGGUCAAAGAGAGAAAGACCUGGUGAUGGGAAUGAUCAAACAAGCACUGGAUGGGGUCUACCUCUCAGGCCAUCAUCAGCAGAACCUCCAGGAGCUCCAAGCUUUUCAUCCUGGUACAUCUCCACCGGUAUAUGGUCCAUCAUUUGACCAGUCAUGGAGAAAACCACAGAGAAUGAGCUCAUACGGAGUAAACCGAGCUUUCAGCGGCGACAAACCAGAGAGGAUUGGAGAUGCAGAGGUCCUUGAAAUCCACCCAGGAGCUCAGAAUGAUCUUCAAGAUAAUCUACCUCAGCACACAGAGAGUGUAUAGAGCUCCCUGCUUUUCAUCAUGGCGAUAACUGUAUUAUUAUUAUGAGAAUUGAUUGACUCCCUUGUUUAUUGUCCCAUGAUAUAUCACAAGUCUUCUUUAGCAUAUUUCCUUUGUAGAUGUUUCUUAGAAACACAAUCCAAUUUAGAGAGGAAUUCUCAAGAUUGAAUUUAUUGAAAUUAGUGUGGGUGAUUUCACAUAAUUGCGUAUCACUUGUCUGAAGGAUCAUGUUUUGAAACAUGUUUGCAGGAAAAUAAAACUUAAAUCAUUGAUGGA